AUGCAGUCAGACCUUGGCACCAUUCACGUCACGAACUUCCACGGCAGCGGCGCGCUGUCUGGUGACGGCUACAAUGCCAGUGGCAGCGUGGAUGGCGACAGCGAGGCGGGCACGGACAUCCGCCUCCUCGCCAAGGAGUUCGUGACUCAGUUUCGCAUCCAUCACGAGUUUCUGUACAUGGACAUGCUGCGGAGCAACUUGUCGGCUGGGCUGCACUACGUGGAGUUCCAGAUGCUGCACCUCCAGCAGUUCAGCGGCGUGCUCUUUGGAGCAGUGCAGCACAACCCCACCCGCGCACUGCCGCUGAUGGAGCACGCCGUGUGGGAGCUGGCGCAGGAGCGCAAGCUGUUCCCUGCCUACAGUCGCGGGACGACGAUUCAGGUGCAGCUCUUCUGGGGCGUGCCACCGAUGGCACUGCGCAACCUCGCCCAGGCCGCCGUGGCGCAGCUGGUGAGCGUGAGCGGCAUUGUCGUCAAGUCCAGCUCCACACAUGCUCGCUGUGUCCGGGCGGCUAUCCAAUGUACGAGCUGUCGAAGCAAGGCCUACAUCAACGGCGGGCGGUCGAUCGAUCUGCCUCCGCAGUGCAUGGAAAACAGCGGCCGCGGUGGGGCCGGUGGUGGCGGAGGUACGUCCUCCGGCAAGUGCCGGCCGAACCCCUACGUGCUUCUCCCAAUGGAGUGCGAGUACGAGGACCAGCAGAUCGUCAAGCUGCAGGAGCUUCCCGAAGACGUGCCGACCGGUGAACUGCCGCGACACCUGACGGUGGUGGUGGAUCGCUACUUAGUUGACCGCAUCAGCCCUGGCUCCCGCGUCCAGAUCGUCGGCGUCGUCUCGGUUCAGGAGAAGCGUGGUGGCUUCGACAACGCACGUGGCGGAGGCCGUGGUCGCGCGGCGCCUGGCUUGCGUGCGCAGUACCUGCGCUGUGUCGGUCUCAUGUUCCGCACUACGCAGGAUGCCAGCUGCGCAGUGGUGAGCGUGAACCAGAACUUCUCCUCUCGUGUGCGAUCUCGCUCAACCAUGACGUGGCAGCCGGAGGAGGAGGCAUCCUUCAAGGCCUUCGCGAAGCAGGGGGACGUGUUCCAGAAGCUCUCUGCCAGCAUCGACCCCGCCAUCUUUGGGCUGGAGGAUCAGAAGAAGGCAAUUGUGUGCCUCCUGUUCGGCGGCACGCGCAAGCGCAUCGGCAGCAACUUCCUGCGCGGCGACAUGAACGUCCUCUUCAUUGGUGACCCGUCGACGGCCAAGUCGCAGCUGCUGAAGUUUGUAGAGAAGGUGGCCCCGAUCGGCAUCUACACCUCUGGCAAGGGCAGCAGUGCCGCCGGCCUCACCGCGUCCGUCAUCUCGAACGGAAACGGCGACUUUGUUCUCGAGGCGGGGUCGAUGGUGCUGGCCGACGGCGGCGUCGUGUGCAUUGACGAGUUCGACAAGAUGCGAGAACAGGAUCAAGUGGCCAUCCACGAGGCGAUGGAGCAGCAGACCAUCUCCAUCGCCAAGGCGAAUAUGACGACAAUGCUAAACAGCCGCACGUCGGUGCUGGCGGCUGCGAACCCGACGCUCGGUAGCUACGACCCUCUGCGCUCCAACGAGGACCAGAUGGACUUCCAGAGCUCCAUCCUGUCCCGCUUUGACCUCAUUUUUAAGGUGAUUGAUCCCCGCAACCCCGAGACGGAUCAGCGGCUGGCUCACCACGUCAUCUCGCUCCACAAGAGCGCCAACGGCAGCGGCGGGCGACGCGGCGGUGGUCGUGCGGGUGCGUCCGCCUCCGCUGGUAGCGGUGCGGCGGGUUCUGCGGCGCAGAGUAACCAUGGCGAAGUGGUGGAGCGCUGCUUCGUUACCAAGUACAUCUCCUACGCCCGCGCCACCUGCCGCCCGGUCAUCUCAGAGGAGGCGAUGAAGGUGCUACUCGACUUCUACGUUCAGGUGCGCCGAGACGCACAUCAGCAAACCCUCGCGACGAUUGGCGGCAUGAGCAGCGGCAACGGCAGCGCGGCAGGCGGUGGUGGCUCGAGCAGCAACAAGACGCCUAUCAUCCAGAUCACAGCCCGGCAGCUGGAGAGCCUCGUGCGCAUUACAGAGUCGAUGGCCCGGAUGCGGCUUGACGUGCUCGCCAGCCGCAGCGACGCCGAAGAGGCCAUCAAGCUCUUUAAAAUCGCCACCGUCGACGCCAUCAAGAGCGGUGUGGCGGAUCAAAUCCUGACGGAGGCACAGAGUGAGCUUGUCCUGCGCGUGGAGGAGGCGCUGCGCCGCCGCGUUGCGCUCGGGGCCACGGUCGAGCACCACCGCCUCCUGUCGGAGCUCGCACGCAUGGGUUUCGACGCCAAACUCGUGGAGCGUGCCUUGUACGCGAUGGUGAAGCGGGAGGAGCUGGAGUGGCGCAAGCAGCGCACUCUGCUGCACCGUGUGAGAUGA